AUGGGUAAUAAACCUGCCGUAACUGUAGCACUUGGUGCCGCCGAAGUCAUUGAUAGCUCGAUGUUCGUUGUUGGAAGAAUCACCAUACACCUUGCCGAAGACGGAGGCGGCGUGGUUAACGUGGCCAGCCAUACGGCGGAUUUGCUGUUGAGUAGGGAAGAACUGGAUCAAUUACUUGUUGGACAAAACUGGGGUGAGAAGACAAUGCUAGAUAUGCUUCGAAACCUGUUUCCAAAUAAUUUUCCAGCAUUUGAGGAUAACACAGAUUAUGACGAUCCCGAAAUCAACGAUAGAGACAUCAAAAAACGUCUCGACUCGAAUAUACAGGCAAAUAAGAUUAGUCGAAAUGUGUUCCUAUCGAUUCUUGUUGGAGGCUUUCUGGUUAUAGGUUUGAUGUUUAAGCAAGCGGCCGUAUUGAAGUAUUUUGAGAAUAGUGAACAGAAGAGGGUAUAUGAAUUCAUCACAAAAUAUGUGCCCGCGUCUAAGAACGCACACAGUUGGGAUUCUUACAUGAUGAACGGAAGCACUCUUUUUAACAUGAUAGCAGCAUUAAUAUCUACUGUAUCUGGAAAUAGUAUUGAUACUGCAAGCUCCCUCCUCGCAACGGCUGUACUGACAUAUGGUAACGAUAUAUCGUUUAAGAGAGCUUUAGUCCAGUAUCAAACAAUUGUUCACGAUGUGUAA